AUGGAAAAAGGAUUUUGGGAAGAUGUUGAUCCUAUUACGAGUUUAUCUUCUUCAGAUACGAUAGAAUUUUUAUCUGCUGCAAAUUCUGGAGUUUAUACCGACUUAGCAAGCAGUUACCUAUACGUUAAAGCAAAGAUCACUACUGCGGCCGGAGGAAAUGUGGGUGCAGACAUUCAAGUUGGACCUUCAAACCUUUGGAUGCAUGCAUUAUUCUCACAAGUUGAAGUAUUUCUGAACAACAAACUGGUCACCCCAUCAAGCACAGCAUUCCCUUACCGAGCGUAUAUCGAAACGAUCCUGAACUUUAGUAAAGAUGCCAAAGAUUCACAUUUGACCUCAGCACUGUUCUAUAAAGAUAAAGCUGGAAAGAUGGAUGUAGUAAGCCCUCUCGCACAAGACGCCAACGUUAACACGGGAUUAAAACAACGCCAUGCAUAUACACGUGAAAGCAAAUCUGUCGCCAUGGAAGGAAGACUUCAUUCUGAUCUAUUCGCGCAAGACCGUUAUAUUCUUGGUGCUGUUCCAAUCAAGAUCAAGCUG